GUGUUAUCGGCGCUCGCUAGCUCUCCUUUGCUGGCGAUGAAUGGCCGCUGUUGCUCCCGGAGCCGCUGAGACCCGAGCACCGGAAGCGGGAACCGGGGGGAGCGGACCGCGGUGAGAGCAGGAGGACCGACCAGCCGGCCUCUAUAUCCCCCGUCACUUUCCCCCCUUGAUUUGUCAUCAUGUCUCAGACUCUACAAAUGGAGAUCCCCAACUUUGGGAACAGUAUCCUGGAGUGUCUGAACGAGCAGCGCCUCCAGGGCCUGUACUGUGAUGUCUCUGUGGUGGUCCGCGGACACCAGUUCAAAGCCCACCGGGCCGUCUUGGCUGCGAGCAGCUCUUACUUCAGAGACCUCUUCCACAGCAGCAAGAACCCAGUGGUGGAGCUGCCCGGAUCGGUCCAACCUCAGUCCUUCCAGCAGAUCCUCAGCUUCUGUUAUACCGGGCGGCUCAGCAUGAACGUAGGAGAUCAGUUCCUUCUCAUGUACACGGCCGGCUUCCUGCAGAUCCAGGAAAUCAUGGAGAAGGGGACGGAGUUCUUCUUAAAGGUUAGCUCGCCCAGCUGUGACUCCCAAGGUCUACACCCUGAAGAAACUCCGAGCUCUGAACCUCCCAGCCCGGCGGCAGCAGUAGCGGCAGCGGCCACAGCGGUGGCUUCACUGUCAUCAUCGUCAUCAUAUUCUACAUCUCGGCCAACCCGGGUGAAAACAGAGACCCAAGAGUCCGACUCGGUGCAGUGCACUCCAGUGGCCAAGAGACUCUGGGAUGGGGGGCAGAAAGAGGCCGGAGGGGCCAAUAGGAAGGUGCCACGCUUUUCUCAAGGGGCAGCAGGAGGAGCAACAGGGGCAGUGGCCCCACAAGGGUCAGAGAGGACGAGCCCAGGAACAUCCAGCGCGUACACAAGUGACAGCCCCGGGUCUUAUCACGAGGAGGACGAAGAGGAGGAGGUCGGGGAGGACGGCACAGAGGAGCAAUACAGGCAGAUCUGCAAUAUGUAUACAAUGUACAGCAUGAUGAACGUCAACCAAACCGACUAUUCUUUGACUUCUUCAGCUGAGAAGGUGGAGGCUCUGCCGGACCCCGUCUUUUCAGACUCCAGGAAUCGUGUUCGUGUUAAGCAGGACCUGGCCACCCUCCCAGCGGAGCUCAUCAGUCAGAUUGGGAACCGCUGUCACCCAAAACUGUAUGAAGAAGGAGACCCGGCUGAAAAGAUAGAGCUGGUGACAGGAACCAAUGUAUUUAUCACCCGCGCUCAGCUGAUGAACUGUCAUAUCAGUGCUGGCACCCGCCACAAGGUUCUGCUGCGCAGAUUGCUGGCAUCAUUUUUUGACAGGAACACUCUGGCGAAUAGCUGUGGUACCGGAAUUCGCUCGUCUACCAAUGACCCCAGCAGGAAGCCUCUGGACAGCCGGGUCCUGCACGCCGUGAAGUUCUACUGUCAGAAUUUCGCCCCAAACUUCAAGGAGAGUGAGAUGAACGCCAUUGCUGCAGACAUGUGUACGAACGCCCGGCGCGUGGUGCGCAAAAGCUGGAUCCCAAAGCUAAAGCUUCUGAUGGCCGAAGGAGACACCUACACGUCCUUUAUCAACGACACCGGCAAAAUGGAGCCCGAUUUGAUGGGCGGAGGCACUCCCGGAGAUCACAGCGCAGUCUUCGAUGGCGAGCCAGGAGAGGGAAUGCCCUGAUCGGUCUUGCACGACUCCUGACCCCCCCCAUAACCCCUCAAAAAAAUAUAUAUGGAGAAAAAAAAAAAUGUAAAUACCCCUCCCCCUUCCUCUGUGCGUAGUGAAGAGGGGAGGGCGGACGGACAUUAUGGCACUCAGGAGAUGGGCUAUCGUCUGUAUGCCGUAGUAGGUGGUGCUAAGUAUGACUGGACGCUGCUGCACGACCUCGGGACUGGUGCGGAAGAACUCGGUAUCACUAUACACUGCUGCAUGAGAUACUCGGUGUCAUUUAUACAGCACCACGUCUUCAUUAUCAGUAUGCAGUUAUGCUACGCCGUGUCAUUAUAUAGCGCCUCCAUUAUCAGUAUAUAGACAUACUCGCCAUUGCCGCCAUCCAAACGGAACGGACGUUCCAGUCGCUGGGAGUGGGGGGGGUUGACUUGUAAAUACUCUGCAUUCUUUUUAUGGUGCAGCCGGGGUAGAAGAAGCUCCAUAAUCUCACUGGCCCUCUGGUAUCCCAGCUCCUGCGUCCUGGGAGAAAGAGAGACACUUUUUUUUUUUUUUUUUUUUUUGUUUUUUUUACUUUUUUUUUUUUGUUUUUAGUAAUUUUGCUACAUUUUAGAAGACUCCCCCUUCCCCUUUCCCUCGCGUGCGCACUCGCAUCAGCUGCUGAUAAAAAAGGAGAGUGCUGCCGUAAUGAAUUAUAAUUCUCUAGAUCAGCGAUCUCCUCCAGCCGGUGGUGCCACUACAACUCCCAGCAUGUUGAGAGUUGUCGGAGGACGGGAUAUCGGAGAGCGAUGCAUUAGAUUACUUGUGUCCGUAGCGUCCAAUCAGAUUUUUUUUGUUAUUCUUUCUAGAAAAAGAAAAAAAAAUAAUCUGAUUGGCGGCCGCGGACAACUUUAUUUGCACAGCUACUAAUUGCACAUUUUUUAUUUUUGAUGUUUCCCCAUUUUCUGUUUUGUCGUGUGUAGGGAAUUCAAAUUUUUUGGGGAAUUGGUUUUAUUUUAUUUUUUUUUAUAAAUUUUGCAUGGUAUGCAGAUUACGGAGGGCGGCUAUUUUGUGGAUUGGAUAAUGAGUAGAGAUGAGCGAACUUACAGUAAAUUCGAUUCGUCACGAACUUCUCGGCUCGGCAGUUGAU